UUUGAAACGAUAAAAAAAUUAUGUGACCCGGAAGUGAUUUUGUUUUGUUGCUGAGACGAUGACGUGUCUGUUUUGUGCCUGCUGAGGAGAGGACUCUGUGUGAAACCAUUCUGGAACCAUCGUUACCAAAACGCUUCGGUGGUAUUACUGAAUGAGGUUGUAUUCAUGACUGCACUGUCAGACUUGGAGCCUGCUAAAAAGAGACAGCGGGUUGAAUUUGGCCUCCAAGCACCUGUCGGCUCAAGGAGCCCUCUUUCAUUGGCUUUUAAAGCAAGUUCCAAAGAGGCAAGUCUACACGCAAUGGAGGGGCAGCAGCAUAGUGCCAAAGCAACAUCUCUUAGUCAGAAAAACAAUCCCAAGUCCCAACAGAAUAACCUUGAUAAGUGGCUGUUGGAACUUCCCCAAAGCACCACAAGCCCAGCUUCUGACAUGUGUGAAGCUGCUGAACAACAACUGGAGGAUGUAGAGAUGGUGAGUCCAGACAGCUCCGAGUCUGGCUGCAGUCACAAGAUCCAGUUUAUGGAGACCGAGACCGAGGCCCAGACCCACAGUUCAGACUCUGAGGAACCUGUUGUCUCUAGUAUUAUAGACCUGGAGGAUGAAGAGACAGCGCCCUUAACACCAUCUGACAGCUUAAAGGAUCACAAACCCGUCUUGCAAAUCACCACAGAUCACAGUCCUGUUUCGGAGGUCUCCACAGAUCUCAAGCCGGUCUCGCAAGUCACCACGGAUCACAAGCCGGUCUCGGAAGUGCCCACGGAUCACGAGCCGGUCUCGGAAGUGCCCACGGAUCACAAGCCGGUCUCGGAAGUGCCCGAGGAUCACAAGCCGGUCUCGGAAGUGCCCGAGGAUCACAGCCCGGUCUCGGAAGUGCCCAAGGAUCACAAGCCGGUCUCGGAAGUGCCCAAGGAUCACAAGCCGGUCUCGGAAGUGCCCAAGGAUCACAAGCCGGUCUCGGAAGUGCCCAAGGAUCACAAGCCGGUCUCGGAAGUGCCCAAGGAUCACAAGCCGGUCUCGGAAGUGCCCACGGAUCACAAGCCGGUCUCGGAAGUGCCCACGGAUCACAAGCCGGUCUCGGAAGUGCCCAAGGAUCACAAGCCGGUCUCGGAAGUGCCCAAGGAUCACAAGCCGGUCUCGGAAGUGCCCAAGGAUCACAAGCCGGUCUCGGAAGUGCCCACAGAUCACAAGCCGGUCUCGAACGUGCCCACAGAUCCUAAAGGGAACAGUGGUGAGCAAAUGGAGGAGACCGUGAGCCAGAUCAACAGGGAUCUGGACAAGCAGCAGGACACAGAAAGAUCCUCCUCCAAGGGCCAAGGAAAAAUAACAGACUUCUUCGCCCCAUCCACAAGUGCCCAAGCUCCUUCGGAGAAACAUCGCAGAGACGGAGAGGACGGCCCUCCACCGUCGCCACCGUACGAUUCCAAGUGGCUGGGAAGCCCCAUCAGUGAUCUGAGGAGAAUGCCACAGUGUGGUUGUCCACUCCCACCACUGAAGAAUAUUCCUGACCGUCACACUGUCAUGAUCAGGACAGACCUCCUUCAAACAGGCAAAGUUCCUGUUCCCUACCCCAACAAGUUCAGAGACACCUGGGACGAGGUCCACGUGAAAAUGCCCUGUUCAAAGAGCAGCCUAUUCCCUGUAGGAAAUCAGGAACUGCAGGAACGGUGGGAACUCAUCCAGAAAGCUUUAAACAGAGAAUUUUGCAGUUCCCAUGAUGUGAAGAAUGCCAUAUUGAAGUACAAUGUCGCUCAUGCCAAGAGAUGGGACUUCACAGCUCUUCAUUUGUUCUGCAACAAGGAUCUGGAGCCCGACGACGUUCAUCAUCUGUUUAGGUCUCUGCUGCCUGAAAUGGUCCAAUUAGCACUGAGUGUGUCUGAGCUGUGCAACAAGCCCAUCCCUCUGCUGAAGGAAGGGGUGAACCACUCCAUCACCCUGUCUCAGAUGCAGGUGGCUUCUCUAUUGGCCAAUGCCUUCUUCUGUACCUUUCCCCGACGCAACUCCAGGAAGUCAGAAUAUUUCAACUACCCUGACAUCAACUUCUACAG